AUGCAUUCGCGCGCGACGACGUCGCACUUUUCCGCCGCCUCGCCGACGUUCGCCGCGUCGCGCGGCGUCUCGAGCGCACCCCAGCGCUCGAGACGCGGGCGCGAGACGUGGACGCGGGCGUUUGACUCACCGGGCGAGGCUCGGGAGCGUCGGCCGUGGGCGGUGUCGCUGGCGAGGGUGUUCGAGUGGGAGGACGUGCUCGAGGCGUCGAGCGGCGACGGUUACGACGACGAGUCGACGAGCGAUGACGAUGAAACCGGCGAGAGAACGGGCAAGGCGAGCGCCCCGACGCGAGGUACUAGUGAUGAGUUCGUCAUCGUCGACGGCGCGAACGUCGCGUGGGGAUUGGCGCAGAAAUUGAAGAGUCGGUUUCAAGCGAAGACGCGCGUGCCGAUGUCCGCAGCCGUGGUCAUGGCGUUGGAUUACGAGCCUUGGCUCAGGCGAGGAUUGAAGACGCACGCGUUCAUUCCGCGAGAGUACGUCGUCGGAUACGUGAACUCGGUGUGCGAUGGUGGCGGAUUAGGGACGGUGAACGCAGACGUGGUGGAGUAUUUAGGUAAAGGCGUGUGGUGCAACCGACGACUGAUGGACGAGGUGGAAAAGGGACGAAUCACGCUCGUCUCGCGAGCGGGCGACGACGGGCGAGGGUCGCGCAAGGCGGAUGAUUUGACGAUUCUGCGACGCGCGAAGGAGGCUGACGCGUGGAUAUGCAGUAACGACAAGUUUCGCGAUCAUAGACGAGAGCGAGACAUUGGAUUUAGCGGCGGCAAGGCGAUGAAGGAGUUCGCGCGACUGCGCAGAAUAGAUCACAACUUUGUCGUCGCGCCGGGCUUAGACGACGUCACCCUCGACGCGAUGCUCGAAGCGAGCGAAUGGAACCCACGCGUGGGUUCGCAUCACUUCGAUGCGUACGACGGACCUCGCCGCGCGCCGCCGCGCGUCGGCGCCGACGCCGUCUCGCCGCCGUACCACGCGAUGCCGCACGCCGUGCUUCCGAUUUAUUUCGAGCCGUUACCCACGGAUUCGAUGAAAACCGCGCGUAAAACGUUUCUCGAGCGCAAGGACUGGGAACUACCGAGGAUCAAGUGA